AUGUGGGAGGUGAAGCUGGAGCACAACGUCGUCAGCAACAAUGCCGCGAUCAGUGCGUGCGAGAAGAGCGGGCAGUGGCAGCGGGCAAUGGCGCUGCUCAGCGAGAUGAGGGAGGCGAAGCUGGAACCCGACGUCAUCAGCUGCAACGCCGGGAUCGGCGCUUGCGAAAAGGGCGGGCAGUGGCAGCGGGCAGUGGCGCUGCUCAGCGAGAUGAGGGAGGCGAAGCUGGAGCCAGACGUCAUCAGCUGCAACGCCGGGAUCAGCGCCUGCCAGAAAAGUGGGCAGUGGCAGCGGGCCCUGGCGUUGCUCGACGAGAUGCGGGAGAUGAAUGUGUUGGCAGACGUCAUCAGCUACAGGCUCGCAGUCAAUGCGUGCGAGAAGGGCGGACAUUGGCAGCAAGCUCUCUUCAUGCUCAGGAGCAUGUGCUUGAGAAGGCUCGAUGCUGACUUUAUUGCCUACGGGAUUACAGCUGGCAUGUGCGAGCAGGGCGGGCACUGGAGGCAGGUGCUGUCAUUACACAGGGAGGUGCGCGGCUUGCUCGCAAUGGAAUGA